AAAAACGAAUGACAACAAUGCCGGUGAGAGUGAGGCGAAGAACGACACAGCGAAAAUUGAGAAACUAACAGUUAAAUCCGACCAAGAAAGCGAGACAUACCUCUCUACUUCAACAACUCGAGAAAAAGGCAAGAUGGCACAUCCGAGACAAAAGAAAUAA